AUGUCCUUCGCAGCUGUUUCUCCCCAAGGUUUCGGGUGGUUGUCUUCCGACAUUCGGGGCCUGGGGGAGCGUGAGGGCACCGGACCCGCAGGGAAAGAAAGGAGCGGGCGCCCAGGGGUCCUCCUUGGACCUUUGCCGGUGGCGGGAGGGAGCAGAGAGGAUUCGUCUUUGGGCGAACAACUCUUGACUUUUCCUGGUGUUGACUCCAGUUUUUCCUUCCCUUAUGGUCCCUGCCUCUUCCUAUCCCUCAGUUCGCGUCUACCAUUGGCGGCUCGUGUCCUUUGUACCUGUGUCCUCCGACUGCCCGCGGCAUUCGCGCUGCUUCCCAGGCUCCCCACGCUGGCCGCGGCCCUGCCGCUCAGCACCACCCUGUUCCCCUCGGGAGCCCGGAUGAGGCCUGGGGCUCCGCAGCCGGCUUCGGUACUUGCGCAGGUUCCAGGCGAAGUUGCACAGCUGUGCCACCAGUAUAGGGACGCACCCCCUUUGACAUUAGAGGGAAUCAAGGACCGUGUUCUUUUCUUGAAACUCUAUGACUAGACUGACCCAGAAAAACUCUUAGUAAAUUCCCAUUUUGUGAAGGACCUGGGCUUAGACAGUAUGGACCAAGUGGAGAUUAUCAUGGCCAUGGAAGACGAAUUUGGGUUUGAAAUUCCUGAUCUAGAUGUGGAGAAGUUAAUGUGCUCACAAGAAACUGUAGAUUACAUUGCAGAUAAGGAGGAGGUAUAUGAAUAAAAUUUCAGACCACUUUUCUUCACUGAGAGAAGACUCAGAAGAUG